AUGGCCUCGGAGACGAUAAACUUUGGUCAGAUAUUCGCUGUCGCUGUCGUUGGCUUUCUCUUAUACCGCUGGUUCUCUGGACCCAGUCCACCAUCAUCACAGUCUUCUGGUCGCAAUGGAGGGCGCCAAGUCAACCCCGAACACGUCGAAGCAGUAGCCCAGAUGUACCCGCAGUUGGACAGACGAGCAAUCAUUUGGGACUUGCACCGGAACGGAGGAAGCGUGCAGGCCACUGUCGAGAGACUGCUUGGUGGAAGAAGCUUGGAGACGGUACGUUCAAGCCGCUAUGCUCGCCUGUGGAAAGCAGCAACUGACAGCAAACAUAGCNCUCCACCAUCUUUCCAGCCUCCGAUACCCCGAGCUGCAGCCCCACCUACUUCCAGCAGACCUGUAGCUGAAGUUAAAGUCAACCCCGACCUUAUCACCCGCUACAACCUCUCAUCUCGUCUCAACGCCUCAGAAGGUACGCAAGAGUCAGAAGCGACCGGCACCAAAGGAUGGUCCCAGAACAAGACAGAAAGAUCCGAAAUCUUGAGACGAAGAAGGGAGGAGAUGGUGCUUGCUGCAAGAAGAAAGAUGCAGGAGAAGGAUCAGACCAAGGCUGCAUAG